AUGUCAUCCAUGGAAGUGAUCAAAUAUCUAUUAUUGCUACUUCAACAGGGUAUCCAACUAUGUUUAACUUAUAAAGCAGUCGAUGAAUCGGUUUUAUUUAGGAUAGACUGGAAAGGCAAAUCGGCAACACCAAAAUAUCUUGUUAAUGUUAAAGAUGAUUGGUUAACGAAUCAACCUUAUCUACACGUAACGAGUGGUAGUGAUGAAAAAUAUCUCUGUACGCUACCAAUCAUUCCAACUGAGAAUAAACAAUCAGUGCAUUCAUAUGUGGGACCAUCACCAGCUGAACUUAUCCAAUCGUUGUAUGAUAAUCGAGUAUGCUCAUAUUGGUUAGAUGUAUAUUGGACAUAUGAAUUGUGCCAUGGACGCUAUAUUAUGCAAUAUCAUGAUAAUAGAGAACAAAGAAGUAUCAGGAGUGAAUAUUAUUUAGGAAAUUAUGGUCGUGAACAAUCCAGAUUGGAUGAUAAGAAUUUCGAUCAAAUGAAUCCACCAAAACGCAAAAUUGAUAGCAAAGUGCAGCCUUAUUAUCCAGUUACUUACAGACAAGGGACCGUUUGCGAUUUAACCGGGAAACCAAGGAGUACGACUGUCAUAUAUGCCUGCGAACCGGAUGGCAAGGAUCAAAUAUAUUCUUUUGCUGAAACAGCUUCUUGUACUUAUGAAAUGAUUGUAUUCACCAAACAGUUAUGCUCUCACCCAUCUUUUCAUCCACUGCCUACUGUUGAUCAUGAAAUUGUUUGCUACUCGAAGGAUCCGCAUAAAGAAUUUCCGAAGCCAAAGCAACUUUUGCAGCUUGAAAAAGAGAGUGAGACAAGAUUGGAAAGAGAAUAUAAGUCAACUCUUCAGCUUGAAAGACCUUCUGCAAAUGUUAACAUUAAUGGAGAAGACGAAGAUAAUGGAGAAUAUGAUGAUGAAUUAGAUGCGGCAAUUAAUGUAGCCAAACAAGCAUCGCCAAAAUCUGACAGCUCACGAUACAUAUCCUCAGCAAUCUCAAUGGUAAAACCGACGACCAAUAUGAAUAUGGAUAGUUUGCUUCAGGAAAACAGAUAUUUACUAAGUGGGAAGCACUGUUUGUAUGGUGGUGGCAUAGGAUGGUGGAAAUAUGAAUUUUGUUUCGGGAAAAGUGUAAUACAGUUUCACGACAAUUCUCAAGGUGAGCGAACUGAAAUUUUGUUAGGUCUUUUCAACCUUGAUAUACAUAAACAUUGGAUUGACGAUAAUCCUCAGAAGAAACCGUUAAAGAUUGACGGUCGAAUAACUCAGGUCUCACACUUGUAUGCAGGUGGUGCAUUUUGCGAGAAGACUAACAUUCACAGAAGUGUUGAAGUACGUAUUCGUUGUCGAAUAUCAAAAGGAAGUCAAACGGCUGUAACACUUUACUUGUUGGAGCCUCAUACAUGUCAGUAUAUUUUGGGAGUGGAGUCAUCUCGUUUUUGUGAAUUGUUGCAAACUGUUGAUCAGUAUGGAUUGAUCCAACUGCCAGAAGUGUAA